GCUCACAAUGGCUGAUGCUACUGAUCUGGGUCUGGAGGCAGGUAUAUCCCUUCGGCCCCUCCCAGCCUUUGCAUAGUGGGGAAUAGAAUUUCCGGGAACCCAGUGCCUCCUCUUCAUGCUGUCCUCUCUCCUAGACACAAAGAGGGUGCCCCUGCUUCUUCCCUGUGGACACACCCUGCCAGCGCCCCUGGAAGGAUGCGGCAGCUCAAGGGGAAGCCCAAGAAGGAGACGUCGAGGGACAAGAAGGAACGGAAGCAGGCCAUGCAGGAAGCCCGGCGGCAGAUUGGCACAGUGGUGCUGCCCACACUGGUUGUCCUGGUGCUGCUGCUCGUGCUCUUCGUCUACAUGGCCACACGUCCCACCAACAACGAGUGACUGGGCUGCCCUACUGAGCCGGCACUUCUGUUGACUGGGAGAAGAUGGGGUUCCUGGUCAGCAAGUGGCCUGUGCCCAUGGUCAUUUCAUGUGCCUUGAGACUUGGAUCCCUCCCACCGCAGCCCUCAGCAUGGGCACCAUGACCCAUCCUGCCCACUUCCACAGGACUAUUCCCUGGCAGUCCAGAGCACUCUGUGCAGAGGGGAAAUAUUUAUUUUUUUGAAUAAAGGAGCUACUGCUUGAA